ACAAUAAUUUGUAUAUCUAUUGGUUACAGAGAAUGCCACCACAAGCGGAACCGACGCCUAGUGGGGUAGUAUUCGAAUCUGAUACUCAGACAUCCGAUUUGGGUCUUGCUAAAGACGUAUCGGUGCUUAAAAAAGCAGCUCCGAAGAAAUACGAAUAUGUCUGGUUCAAUAUCUUCUGGUUCCUCUUUUUACAUAUCGGCUCCGCUUAUGGAAUUUAUUUGGGUCUGACCUCAGCCAAAUGGCAGACUAAUGUAUUUGCAUUUCUAGUUCAUCUCAUGUGCGCCAUUGGAAUCGGCGCAGGCUCUCACAGACUGUGGACACACCGCUGUUUCAAAGCGAAGACUCCUUUACGUGUCUUGCUUAUGAUUUGGCAAACUAUGGGCUUUCAGGACUGUAUAUUCGAGUGGGCCCGUGAUCACCGCACUCAUCACAAGUAUGCAGACACAGACGCCGAUCCCCACAAUGCUGAAAGAGGGCUGUUUUUCUCUCACAUGGGAUGGUUGUGCUGCAAGAAGAGCCCUGAGGUCAUCGAAGGGGGUCGAAGGAUUGACGUCACAGAUUUAUAUGAGGACCCAGUUGUAAUGUUUCAAAAGAAACAUUACAUGAAAAUGAUGCCAAUCCUUUGCUUCCUUCUACCGACGGUCAUUCCAGUAUACUUCUGGGGGGAAACUUGGCUAAAUGCUUUCUUUAUUCCUACUAUACUUCGUUACACAGUUGGAAUUAAUGUUGUGUGGAGUGUCAAUAGUUUCUCUCACACCUUCGGAUACCGUCCGUACGAUAAAUCAUUGAAUCCACGAGACAAUAUAGGAGUUUGGAUGAUCUGCGUAGAAGGUUUCCACAACUACCACCACACGUUUCCCUGGGACUACCGCGCUACUGAACUACCUCUUUACAACAUGCUUACGCCCACAAUUGUUUUUAUUGAAGCUAUGGCAAAAAUUGGUCAAGCUUACGAUCUAAAGUCAGUGUCACCUGAGAUAGUCCAAAAACGAACCUAUCGCACUGGGGACGGCACACAUUUCUUAUGGGGCUGGGACGACCCAGAGUUCACUGAAAAAUUAAAAGAAAAAUAUGGAUCCAUUCACAACACUGAACGGAAAGAAGAUUAAAUAUUGUUAUAUAUUUGUAUGUAGUUAAUUUAGUCACACUUUGGAUUCUAAUAAAUUGUAAAAAUAACUGCAACUAAACCAUUUAAGUCAUACAUAAUUCCUCUAUAGCAAUUCUCCCACCCAGUAAAGUAGAGUUGCCAAGCAACGUCACACGUAAGAGUUAUGUACUCUUUUUAAAAGUAAAAGUACUCUUGCGUCCAUUUCUACUAAAUUCGUGUUUUAUAUCUUUACAAAUAAGGAAGUGCGUUUCAAGUAUUGUCAUGCGCGCAAAACCUACGAAAACUGUAUAAAGACUGCGGCGUGGUAUUAUGGCGUAUUGUUUUUUCUCAGGAGAGCUAACUGCUAACUGCUAACUGACACUAAAAUCCAAUUGGCUUGUAGGCUACUAAUUUUUUAUUUUGUUUUUAAUUUUAUGGCAAUAGUAGGCAAAAACAUAUCAAAAGCAAACAAAGGGAUAAGCUACUUAAAACAUAUAAGCUAUUUACAUAAUAGAGAUAAAAGUGUUGUCAAUAAAUUAAAAUCGUACAUUAAAGUAAAAUUCCUGUUAUAAUAUAAAUGAAUACCUAUUUAAACGAUCCUAGUGCUUGGAUAUGAAUUGAUUCAGUAUAAAGAGGUAACGCGACUGAAUCUCUCGGCUGCUUUUUCAGACUAUGGGGCGAUCGUCGACAUCUACGACUUUAUUUAAUGUAAAAUCGCAAGCCGUGAUCCAUGUGGUAUCAAAUUAUUUCAGUAUAAUUAGUAUUAUACUGAUAUAAUUUGAUACGACCAUGUCUCGAAUUGUCUCUCCCCCUAAAAUAUGACGAGGGGCCGAUGGCUGGCCAUGCGUCAUACUCGUGAACUGGUGCUACUUGUGGUGAGUGGUCGUACUUUAAUUCUUUUAUGCGGUGAAAUUAGUUGUGUAGGUGAUUUAAUUAAUUAUUGUUAUCGUUGAUACGUUAGAAUGUUCUGAGAAGAACAGUUUGUCAUCGUUGUCGUAAGACACGGUAAUAUGUGCUGACAAGGAUAUUAUACGUUAUACCACUGUUUCAGAUGGUUUCCAAGAAACCGAGUUAUUAAUUUUGGCCUUACGGCUAAAACGUCUUAUUUUAAGUAUUUUGCCGGAGACUAUAGGUAAAGAUGUAUACCUUGAACAUAAUAUAUUAUGAAGUAAGGGAAAACAUCAGUAAGAAGAUAUUCAGUAUGGCCAAUCAUAUUAGAAUCCGUAUUGAUUACUGUAGCUUUGGUGUUAUUUGAAUUUUCUCCAACUCAAGUCUGGAGUAAAAACUGACAGCUGUCAUGUCACUUUUGACUACCACAAAAUAAUUGUUGUAGUAGCACAGUAAAUAGUGGUUUAGUGAAUAAAUAUGGAAAUUACUAUUUACUUAUCAUUUUAUUAUUAAAAAUUAGUUAAAAUUGUUGUGUGAAAGAGCUUACCGUUUGGUACCUUUACCGCUACUGUUGUUUUUAAACAUUCUUACUAAAACAGAUCUUUAAAAUAAUAUACCUUUCAAUAUGCUAUCGUCUCUUGUAAAAGAACACCAAGCUAAACAAUCUGCGAAAAGGGCAACUCAAG